UUGGAGAAGGAGAGAGAGAAUUGUCGCGCAGCAGGUCUCCAGUCAGUUUGCGUGGAAACAGAGCAGAGACGGGAAACGCGCCUGGGGGGAGGACGCUGCGUAUCCCGCAUCAGUUCCCCGCACGAAGAGGCGACGUGUGAUUCCACUGAGCGCCGUCAUGGGCCAAAGAGGCCCAGGGGCCACUUCAGUGUCAGCGCUCUCAGGUAGCAGAGGACUCGACCUCUGGUGUCCAAAUGAGCAGGUACGGCGGUGGUGGACCGAACUUCAGCACACAGUUGUGAAACACUAUGAGGGCAACAGGUACAGCGUCUGACGGUCUCCGGGCGCCGCAGUGAGAGCCAUGGAUCAUCUUUUCAGGAGAAAGCGGGUCGGUCUACUGAAACCCCUGCUGAGUCUGUCUCUGGUUUUCGCCUCUUUUCUCAUGAUCCAGAAGCUGAAACUGGCAGAGAAGGACGGAGUUGGAGUCAAACAUGCGAGGGAUGCCGACUGGUGCGGCUCCGACUGUUUUUCAUUCAAAAGGGGGGUCGUUAAAAGUAGUUUGGGGAGCUCAGAUUCUCCAGCGCUCGGGAACGAUUUGGACGCACACGGGGUCUCCAACGGGACUCCUUCCUGGGACGCGCAGGUUGUCAACUGCAGCGAGGACGCGUCGGUGAGGACCCAGGACUGGUUCCGGCGCUUGGACCCGAGAUUUCACCAGUUUGUUCUGCACAGACACUGCAGGUACUUCCCCAUGCUCAUAAACCACCCGGAGAAAUGCGCGAAUGGAGAGGUGCACCUCCUCAUGGUGGUCAAAUCCGUUAUCGAGCAGCACGACCGGCGGGAAGCGGUGCGCAAAACCUGGGGCAAGGAGCACACGGCGGAUGGGAAGAAAAUCAAAACUUUAUUUCUUUUGGGAAGCCCGGCGACCGGCAAAGACACUAAGAACCUCCAGAAACUGAUCGAGUACGAGGACCAGAUCUACGGGGACAUCCUCCAGUGGGACUUUAUGGACACCUUCUUCAACCUGACCCUUAAAGAAGUCAACUUUCUCAAGUGGUUCGACAUCUACUGCUCCGGGGUGCAGUUCAUAUUCAAAGGAGAUGAUGAUGUGUUUGUGAACACGCACAACCUACUGGAGCUCAUCGGCUUCAAGCUGGAGGAGCGCAAAGAGGCCAGCUUGUUUGUGGGGGACACGAUCUCCAAGGCGAUCCCCAUCCGAAACCGACAGAGCAAGUACUACAUCCCCAAAGAGCUGUACGAUAAGCCAUACCCCCCGUACGUCGGAGGUGGGGGGUUUCUGAUGUCCUCCCAGCUGGCCAGGAGGCUCUUCGUGGUCUCGGAGGACCUGGAGUUGUACCCGAUUGACGACGUGUUUUUGGGGAUGUGCCUGCAGAAGCUUCACUUGUCCCCAGAGAUGCAUCCGGGCUUCAGGACCUUCGGCAUCACCAGGCGCAGGGUGAGCCCCAUGAACAGCGAGCCAUGCUUUUACAAAAACCUCAUCGUGGUGCACAAACUGAGCGCGCAGGAGCUGCUCAGGAUGUGGAGCGUAGUGCACAACGAGGACCUGAUAUGCGCUCAAAAGACCACCAUAUGAACGACACUAAAUCACUUCACCCAAACUGAACUGAAUGCACAGAAAACUCGUGCUUUCAGUUGAUCAUACAUGAUGAGCUUUGCCGCAUAUGCUGAGUCAUGUAGUGCAACUGGCAAACAACCAUGACCACGUUUUCAUCACCAUCCACAUAUUUUCAGAAAGUCAAAUGAAAACGUUGUGAAACAGGUUGAGUUUCCAGUCCACUAGUCCCGCUUAGAUUUUUCCAUUUUGUGAAACCACUACCACGCAGAUCCACACGGAGCACUCGUCCCAGAGAGGCUUCUAGGUUUGUUAUUCUUCGUGCCAUUUCACACUGGAGUUCCAUCAAGGUUAAUCUGAGAUCCAGUGCUGAUGUACAAACAUGGCUGUGAUGAUUUUAUUGCGUGUUUGUGCAGGUACAAAUAAGACUUUUUACAUCCAGGUGUUCCUUUGAAACUGCUGAUUUUAUCAUCAGUUUCUGGUUUCAGGAUUUCAGUGUGCCUGUCAAAGUGAACUACGUGGACUCAUAGCAGACAGCUGAGUGAUUAUUUUCUAGUGUACUGACAUUGUACAAAUCAAAUAAGUUGAUUUUUUUUAAAGGUAAUAUAUUGUUCUAUUUCACAUUGUAUUGUAUUUUUUAAGAGUUAAUUCAUUCGUUUAUGAUUUGCAGAGGCAAAAAACCAAAGAAAACAAAGAGCUGUAAUGAUUUUGAUGUAGAUUUAUGUAUGAUAGUGUAAAUAAAACUGGGGCUGUCUGUCA